AUGAGAAAAGAACUUAUUUUACUCGAAGAUCCAAGUUUACUUGAUAAUUUUCUAGAAGAAGUACUUGAUUUUCAAACAGAUAAAAGUCCUGAAGUGAGAAAAACUAUCAUAUCAUUUAUUGAAGAAGCUUGGUUUCAAUUAUUCCAACUUUCAAAUGAACAAGAGUUUUCACUUAAUUUACUACAAGAUGAUCAUCGAAUAUUAUGUCGAAAUAAACUUGAACAAGAAGGAAAAGAUGUUAUGGAAAAACUACUGGAAUUUACGCUUUCUCAACAUUUAUCUAGUGUUAAUCUAAUAGCAACGAUGGGUGCAAUAGCGAAUAUUGCUCGACAAAGACCAGAUUAUAUGAGUCGGGUUGUACAGACAUUUGAAGCAUUACAAGGUAUUGAUCCAAUCUCACUUUAUGUAUUGGCCAAAGACCAAAUCUUGGCAUUAAGACGCGCUAAACAUCGAAAUAUGGAACGGUUAACUUUAGCAUGUGGUGGGGAAGCUAUGAAUUCUAUUGACAAUUUAACAAAAGAAUGUCUUGGUUUUGUCGAAGAUGUUUAUGAACAUGUUUUGGGUGAAGGAAAAUAUACAUUUGUUCAAGUGUAUUUUAAUGCUAUGAUUUUUAUUUUCAACGAUGGUAAUGCCGAUGCUGAAUAUGCGUUUAACCAAUGGUUAGGUCAUGAAACACAAAUUAAAAUGAAUAUAAAUGAUGUUCCACAUCAUGUUUUAUAUAAUAUAUGUAAAUAUUUAUCUUUCGUCGAUGUUAUAAAUUUAUCAAAAACAUGCAAAAAAUUCUAUACGUUAAUUGAAAAUAAUGAUUAUUUUUGGAUGAUGUUAAUUCAAAAUCAUUUUGGAUCGAGAUUAUAUCAUCGUUAUUUUAAUGAAAUAUUUCAAAACAAGAAAAAUUCUGAUUAUGAUUUAUAUCGAACAGAAGAAGAUAUACAAAAGUUUCAAAAAUAUUUUCGACGACAUUUAGAGUGGGAAAUGUGUAAUAUUUGGUUAUGGAAUGUAUUAAAUGGUAAAGAUAAUAGUGAUGGUUAUAUAGCUUAUAAAAGUAUAAUUAGACAAAAACGACGUCCACGUACAAAUACAUUAAAAAUGUCUUUAACAAUUGAAGAAUUCUAUGAAUCUUAUUUGAAUAGAAAUAAUUAUUUAAAUGAUGAAAAUAUUCGACAAAUAUCAAUGUGUAAAUUAAUUUAUUAUUAUUUUAUUGAAGCUAAACGUUUAUUAGGUGUUGAUUUGUCGGGCAUAGAUCUUCGUUGUACACCAUGUCAUAGAUCCUGUCCCAUGCGAAAAUAUCUAAAGCAGGAAUAUUUAAAUCAUGAAUAUGAUCCAAAUAGUUCAGCAGGUCGAUGUGUCCGUUUAUAUACAACUCAAUGGAUGGAUUUAAGUGGUAUAAAAGGUAAAUUUAAAUCAAUAUUACCUGGAAUCUAUGAAAUCGUAUGUCGUAUUAAACUGGAUAAGAACAAUAACUAUUUAACAUACUAUAAUGAAUGUUGUAGUGAAUUUCAGGAAACAGAAAAAGAAAUAGAAUGUUAUUUUUAUGCUUUAGCUGAUCAUGGUCUUGAUUGCGAAUGUAAUCGAGAAAAAAUGAAUUUUGAUUGGUUUGAAUCAAACUAUUUAUUAUAUGGAAAUACUAAUUGGUUUAAUGAAACAAUGGGUACAAGUGCAAUUAAUAAUCAAAGUGAAGAAAUCGUUGAAGAAGCUUUGAAUCAUGCUUGUAAAGGUAUUAAUUCAAAUUUCAAGACCAUUACUAAUUUACUCAUAAUCAGAACUAGCUACUUAUGCAAAGUGGUUUUUAUCUGAAUAUUUCUAAGUAUUUAUUGUAAGGGUUUAUGAAAUAAAAUUGAAAUUCAAUUCUUUCAAAAUUCUUUAGCAACUUUAAAAAGAAUAGUUUAAUGGAAGAAGAGAAAAUAUUGAUUAUAAGUGCAUUGGAAACUUUGUUCAACGACCGCAUGCAAGGAGGAAACGGCAAACUCUGGGACUCCAAAUACUUCUGGACUCCUCAAAAGAAGAAUAUUACAUAUUUUCUUAUCUAUGCAUUAUUAUUACAGAAAAUAAGACACUAAAUUAUAAGAGAUGAUCUAAAUCAACCACAAAAUAGUUUCUACUUAAUGUUUAAAUUCAAAUGUAGGUAGAUCAUUUCAUCUAUUGUCGGCAUUUAGUGUAACGACUAAGUAAUUCAUACAAUGCCGUAAAAAAACUAACGAAAACUAGUCGAUAGUCAGUUUUUGCAUGAGAUCAGUUAGACAAACACGAACAUGAAUGCCCACACAUAAAUUUUUUUUAUCUCAUUUUGUUAAUAUUGAACUUAUGAAUGACAGUUUUGACAUGUGAUACAAAAAAAAACAUGGAAAGAGUGUCAAGCUUUGCUUGUUCACAAAGAACCGUUUCAAUGGUUUGGAUUUUUUUAGCUUGAAAUAGUAAAGCUUUGGGUGAAAGGAAGAUGUCUAAUUUUUCGUUGAUAUCUAGUUUCUUCAAACACAGUUUAUGUGUAAAGAAACUUCUACUUGAUCUGUAUAGUCUUUUUAACGAUAAAAUCAUUGGCCAUACCAAUUUUUCUAUUAGAAUUUAUCAGUUCAAACAAAAAAUUAUACAUACGUUUUCUGCUGCUGAUAUACUGAUCUGAAUACUGGUCGAUUUCUUUUUCACGUUUAGUUAUUACUUUGCAGGUAUUUUAAUAAUAUAUUUCUUUUUGCGCUAGUUGUUAAUUUUUCAGUAGCCUUUUUUACUGUGUUUUACGCUUAUCACAUCGAUAAUAAUCUUUAUGAAUUCAAAAUCGAACAAGACGUGAUUAAUAUCAAUAAAAAUGAUACUAAAUUCAACACAUUCAUCAUCAUUGAUGGGAAAUAUCAACAGACAUCUACCUUCAUUUUAGAAAAUACAUUAUGAAAGAAACUUCUGUAAUUACCAAUGAGACUCAUCUAUCAUCAAAUAAUGGUUACUUGUAGAUGUUCAUUGACUGAGAUAUCCUUAUUACUAAAACUCAAAUUGAAGGUUCUUAAUGUUCUGGAGUAUAUAUUGUUGAGAUUAACUUACGCAUAGAUUCAGAAUUGACUUUUAAGCUUCCAGUCUCUGCUUAUAUUUCAUCAUUCCCUUACCUAUAGUAUCAUAAUGACAGUCAGACUUUGAUAAUAGCUAUAACAACAACAAUCACGAAAAUAACAAUGAGCAUGUAGGGGGAAUUUUAUGAAGAAAAUCGAUCUUUGUCAUAAACCGUUUAUCGGUACAAUCAAGUCAUAAUUUAAAACUGUUUUUACAAUUCAAGAAAACUCGAUACUAAGAAUUGAAACAGACAGUUUUCAAAGAAAUUUUCUAAUGUAACUACAGCGAUUUCCGAUAAUAUUUUUGGGGACUCCAAGAGACUCCACGAGUCUCCACAGAAUUGGAGUUUACCUUUUCUUCAUUUGAUCAUAUGCCACGAAUUAAUCAUAAAAUAUGUUUUCAUUUCUUUCUCAGAACUUGCAGUUAUGAUUUUUGUCGGCAUGUUUCGAUUGCCGUGUAUAGGGUUUUGUAGAGCAGACUCCGCGCUG